GGUCGUCAAGUUCCUCUUGGCCAACAAAACCGAAGAAAAGAUGUCCUACUACACGGUUCGAAACGCGUUCAAGCACGGGCAUCUCGCGACGGCCAAGUACCUCCUCUCGCGUGGGUACGAGUGCGUGACCGCCAAGAUGCAUUGGGACCCAAGUGCUUUCCGCAAGCCAGAGAUCGUCCAGGUCCUACAACUCUUUCUCGACAUUGGCGGCUCCCGCGACGCCAUGUGGAUGCGAGAAGCCUGCGCCACCAACAACGUGCCGCUCGCUCGCUUUCUUCACGAGCUCGCAGGCGAUCUCUGCCAUCCCCUGGCGCUCACAGAAGCCAUUGCGCACGAGGCGUGGGACGUGGCGCACUACCUCCUGGCCCACUCGACGGCAAAAGUCCCAAUCGAUGCGCUCAAGGAGGCGCUGAGCAGUGGUCAAUUUGAUAUCGCGACGCAAAUUCUGCGCCGUCAACCAAAGUUUAGCAAGGACGUCGACCUUCUCGAAUGGUCGUCGACCAACCACUACACGGAAGCGACGCGCUACCUCCUCGCUGCCGGCAUUGGCAACCCGCGCGAGUGCCUUCUCAAGACUGCAGGUCGUCGACAGCACGUGACUGCAAGCAAGCUCUUGCUGCCGCACUGCAUGCACGCAGUCAAGUAUCUUGACAACAUCAGCUUUCUUUUGGACCUGCUCGGGCUGUCGAGCCGCCGCCGCAAGACAACGCUGCAGCUGAUCACGCCCGAGCUACUGGACCAAGGGCGAAAGGCCAAUCAGACGGUUCAACUCCCACCCAAUGUGGCAGUCCGUGCAUCGACUCUACAGGAGGCUGGUCACGUUGUCGACUGGUCGUUGGCUCUUGUGAUCAGCCACCUCCAUGCAACUGACGCCACAAUCACCACCAAACAACUCGAAACAAAAGCGGCAUUGGUUGAGGACGCUGAGCUCAAGGCGCUGCUCGAUCGCCUCCUCGUCAGCAAACGCAAGCGCUGAGCAAGCGAUGUGGCUUUUCCAUUCACUAAAAGAACUUGACCGUCAUGCA